AUGCAUAUUUAUUUGUUCGCUCGUAUAUUUAAUAGCAUCUGCUUCUGCAUAUACAUAUAUACAACACACUGUAUACAUUUGGAACACUAUAUUCAUACAUACAAACACACGUGCAAUCGUUAUCAUCUUAAUCGUCAAUCACCUUCGUCGCCAGACUCGAAAUCGCGUAGCCGAGGUCGCCGCCACAACAACAGCAGCAGCACCAACAACAACAAUCCAUCUCCGGGACCCGAUUCCGAACUGGAGAGGAUUUUUAUAUGGGACCUGGACGAAACCAUCAUCAUCUUUCAUUCUCUACUCACUGGAACCUACGCUCAGAAAUAUGGAAAGGACCCGCCUACGUCUGUAUCUUUGGGUCUACGCAUGGAGGAGAUUAUAUUUAGUCUGGCCGACAACAAUCUCUUCUUCACCGAUCUUGAGGAAUGUGACCAGGUUCAUAUAGAUGACGUUUCGUCUGACGAUAAUGGACAGGAUUUGAGUAACUACAACUUCAUGACUGAUGGUUUUCACGCGGCGGCUACAAACGCCAACCUGUGUCUCGCCACUGGCGUCAGAGGUGGAGUCGACUGGAUGAGGAAGCUCGCUUUUAGGUAUCGCCGGAUAAAAGAACUCUACUCAGCUUACAGAAAUAACGUUGGAGGACUUCUGGGAGCUCAAAAGCGGGAAUUGUGGUUGCAGUUGAGGAGUGAGAUUGAAGUGUUGACUGAUAACUGGCUGACCUUGGCCCUAAAAUCUUUAUCCGUUAUCAAUUCUAGAUCGACUUGCGUGAAUGUGCUCGUGACGACGACGCAACUCGUUCCAGCGCUGGCAAAAGUUCUUCUCUACGGCCUCAGUCCAGUCUUCAACAUCGAGAAUAUAUACAGUGCUACAAAAAUAGGAAAAGAAAGUUGUUUCGAGCGCAUCGCAUCUCGCUUCGGUCGCAAGUGUACGUACGUUGUCGUCGGCGAUGGUCGCGAUGAAGAAGCUGCUGCCAAACAGAUGACCUGGCCAUUCUGGCGUACGACCAAUCAUUCAGACCUAGCGGCCCUUCAUCAUGCCCUCGAUCUUGGAUACCUAUGAAGAUGACGUCUGUCUGUCUCUGUUUGUCCGUCUGUCUGUCUGUCUUUGUUUGUCUGUCUGUCUGUUUGUCUGUGUCUCUUAUCGAUGAUGGCGUUGACAUUGGUGACGAUGAAGACGAUGUUGGGGAUAAGAACGAUUAUGAUAUGAUGACUGGUUCGUCCUGAUGAUAACGAUAACAUUAAAUGAUGAUGAUUGAUGUUUCAUUGCAUUGGACGGCUAACUAAAUAUAUCGAUAACUUUACGUAUGUAACAGAAUGGCUAUUUUAAUUUAUUUUAAUUUUAAUAUUUUAAUUAAUCUUAAUUAGUCAAUUAAUCUAAUUAUUUUUAUUUAUUUAUUUCAUCUAUCCAUUGAUAUAUUUUCGAAUGUUGACAAUAUGAUAUUGCAAAUUUGUUUAAAAUACAAAAACGAUGAUGAAUUAAUUUCUAGUCUCAUAACUUUAAUUUUAUUAUUUUCUUGAUCAAUUAAAAUUAAUUAUUAAUAGGUUAAUUAAUAAUUAAUUAUAAAGCCGUUUUUCAAAAUUAUGUAUUAUGAUUUUAUGUAUAAAAAUAUUGUUCGAUAUUAAUGAGUUAUAAAAGAAAUUGUGUCGUUUAAAUUAAGCAAAGGCAUUAUAGAUUAUUUAUUUAUUGUGUUUAUCAAUUAAUUAGUUAACUAAUUAGUUAAUCGAUCAAUCGAUUAGUUAAUUUAAUCAGUUGAUGUCACCUUAUUAUCAUUUUUAUCGGUUGACGCGUCAUGUUAAAGACAUAUGCGUACAUUCUGUUGCGGUAUAGUUUGUUAUUAUUAAUAUUAUUUUACUUGGCUGAAUUUAUUGAGUAAUUUUUUAUUUUGAUAAUUAUUAAUAUUAAAUAAAAUAAACAUUGUUUGGAUAACUAUUUUUUCAUUUUCAUCAUUACGUGUAGUUUUUUUACGUUAAUUUAUUACUUUAUAUUAUUUAUGUGUUUUGUUUCAUAUUAUUUUAUGCAUAGAAUUAUGAAAUGAAAUGAACUAUACACGCGCUCACAUCAUUAACUUUGUGAAAUAAGAUAUUGAUUUAUUUUUAAUUCACCUAAAUUAUUUAAUAUGAGUUGUAAUCUUUCACUCUUUAUAUGAGAAUUUUUCCGAACGAUAUAUUUGGCAAUCAGUGUUUUACAAUGAAAAAUUCAUUUUAAAAUGUAUUGUUUUUUAAA